AUGGUCGGCGUUUCAAAGCAAGUGUACUUAAUAUCCAACAGCAACACUCCGGAACCAAGUAACUACCCGAUCAAGUACCGGCCCGACAUCGACGGGCUACAGACGUUCGUGGUAGUUCCCGUGGUGCUGUUCCACGCGUACCCGCUCUCGAUCAAUGGCGGGUUUACAGGCGUCGACGUGUUCUUCGUCAUCGCUGGCUACCUUAUCUCCGGCAUCCUCUUCAAGGAAAACGUCAAGGGCUCACUCACGUACGCCGACUUUUACUCGCGCCGCAUCCACCGCAUGUUCCCGGCACUGCUGCUCGUGCUCACGUUCACGCUGGUCGUGGGCUGCGUGUGGCUUCUGGACAAGGCAGUGUAG